AUGAGGUAUUGUUUUGACGACGCCCUUUAAUCCCAAGAUUAGUAUUACUUGUGCUGUUGAAUCACUUCUUACUUUGUUAAUAUGUCAUUAGUUGUUGUGUUGGCCUGCUGGUAUCUGUGAACAGUUAUGUGAUUCACUGUUUUGUUUGUCCUCCUACAUUAUCUAUAUUUACUUUGUCAAGGAUGCAAUCGGGCAACCCGCCCAGCCCGCAUAUAACUGUUCUUAAAGUCUACUGAGUGCAAUUCCCCAUUUGAAAUUAACACAAGGUUGACUUUAGAUAUACUUACUUACAUUUGGGCUCUCUGAGUUGCUCCUUUGCAUCCCUAAUUUUCACUUCCUUGGACUCCUAGUAAGCAAGACACUAAAAGGUUAGGGUUUUCUUGGGUGUUUCUCCUAUCGAUCCUGGUAAAUUAUGAAUCGACGUCAUUGUUAAGGAAUACCGAGCUUCAGACAUAUUUGCAAUAGUUCUAGAUCUGACAAGUCAUAACCUCCAUUAGCAAGAACCCAUGUUUUCUCAUAUUGAUAAAUCAGUAUCUUUUUUUUUCCAUAUAACCAAAGUUGGUUGCAAUGUUGUAUCAGUUCUGUCCAUUGGCCAGUAGUACUUGAAAUGCAAUCACACUUGUUUAUUCAUUUAUGUGAUAUAUUGUGCUGUUUGAAAAGAACAGCUCAGUGUUUGGAAGGAUGUUCUGCUCGUUUGUUUAGACUCUAAUAGAUCUGGUUGAUAGAGAAUGACUCAUCCAAUCUGGUGAUUUAACAUCUGCAAACUUAGGAGGGCUGAAUAAUUUUUGGACAGGACAUAUAACCAUAAGGUAGAGAUGAAUAGUCUCAUAAAGGAGCUAUAUCUUACUGUAAUUCUUCAUAUGUCUGGAGUCUAGGUAUUAUAACUGCAUAAGUUGGAGUGUCAUAAUACAUGGCAAGUCGAUAUAGGAAAGACCAUAGUAUGGCAUCUCCCGAAAGCUACAUAUCCCUCGACUUCUAGCGUUCAAUUGAAUCGCGGACCUGAUAAGACGAGGCAUUUGCGAAAUGAUAAAAAAACACUAUACAAGAAGAUAAUUUCAUGGGCCUGAACAACACACUCGAAGAUAAGCUCUCAGCAUGUUACAGAAGCUGAUGGGUUGUUUCCCUUUCAAGAUAACCAUGGUUGGGUUGGGCGAUUGGCAAGUCCACUAAGGUUAGUGAUCCUGUUUAAGCACUCUGAGGAAUAGCUGAUAAGCCAGGGGAACUAAUAUUGCUUGCAAAUAAACCACUGCUUCUGCUUACUUGUCCCCAAAUUAGAAGACAGUACUGGCCAUCUUCUUCAAUAUAUUUUAUGGAUCUUGACCAACAGGAGAAUUUGUCAUUUUAUUUAUUUAUCGAAGAUCAAUACUGUAUCGUGUUAUCAUGAACCAAUUUUUUAGCACUAAUAAUGUCCUUUUAGUGACAUUAUAUCUAUGCAAUAUUUCAAGUGCAGUACCCACAUUGCUUCUCAACAUGUCAGCUGGGUGCUCAAAUGACAGUACCCACACAGUUGUCAUUGUAUUUGCUCUCCAGAUUGGCUGUUUAGAACAACUAUGAAGUAAUGCAUGCUUGUUUUUUUGACCUCAACAAAUAACCAUUUUGCAAUACCAAUUACUUUUGGCAAGUUAAUUCUAAAAAUGUUUUUUUCUUAGUUAGCCAUUCUCCGCCUUUUUGUCCUUUGGACACAGUGUCUGCCAAUGAAGUUUGAAUUGCUGCUCUAGGAGGCUAGGAGCAAGGUUCUAAAUCAUGAAUAUCUGGUUGGUAGCUUAUUGUCUUCAGCAUAUUAUUUUUUUGUGGCAAAGAGCAUAUUAGAUAUCAGCCAAUAUAUUGGUGGUGAUAUGGUCCAGUAUCAGAGUUGAAAAAUAUUUAUAAUUUCUAGUUAAGCAUGAUGUGUGCCAUGACUUCCAAGUGUCACCCUGAUAAUGACAUAUGCACACAUCAUGCGAUUUGUAUUUUCCUAAUCUCAUGGGGACUAUAAAAUACUAGCGUGUAGCUUCUCCCUAAUCUAAACUGAGAGUACGUCAUUUACUGAGAAUGUGCCAUUUGUAAACCACGAGGUCCACCAGACGACCACUGUAAUGGACGGCCGGCUGGCUCGUCCAGAGGCUUUAUAUCCUCUGCGGCAGUGAAGCACCAUUCGUACCAAGCCAUCAUUAAGCACCUACAUCUUCUAGGCCUCCUCCUACUCUCUCGCCCUUGUCUCCUGCUAUUCGCCGCCAUGCCGGUGGUAGCCGGCAUCCGGCGUGAAGCUGAAGCACCUGUGAAGUGGAAGGCUUGCUUGGCCAGUGCCGAUGAGUCCCUUGGGCCAUGGUCGAUGGCCAACUCCACAAGCCUUUGCAGGUGGACGUACAUCACUUGCGACUCGCCCGGGCACAUCACAGAGCUCGUGCUCGAGGGUGCAAGACUGAAUGGCACACUUCACGAGUUCGACUUCUCCGCCUUUCCCCACAUGGAGAAACUCAUGCUCUACGAUAAUGGUCUGUAUGGCACAAUUCCAGCUGGGAUUGGCAACCUGUUGAGUUUAGUCGAGUUGGAGAUCACCAGCAAUCCGCAUCUGAGGGGUGCCAUUCCAGGCAGCAUUGGCCAGCUGAAGCACCUUGUUGUACUGGAACUAUCAGAUUUGGGGCUCAACGACACGCUACCUCAAGAGAUAGGUAACUUGACGACCUUGGAGAAGCUCCGUCUUAGUUUGGUUACUUUGACUGGAUCAAUCCCACUAACAAUUGGGAAGCUCAUGAAGCUCCGCUUCCUGAGCCUGACAGGCAACAAUCUCACAGGGAGCAUCCCAAUGGAGAUUGGAAACUUGACAAAACUGCAGAACCUAUACCUUCAGAAUAACUAUUUGGAAGGGCAGCUGCCAGGUACCAUGUCUCAUCUGGUAAAACUACGGUAUAUGUUUCUGUCAGGAAAUCAGCUGGUAGGUCACAUCUUCCCUGAGCUUGGGAAUAGCAGUCUCCUUGAUAGUGUCGGCGUGGCAAACAGCAACUUCUCUGGAUUGUUCCCACCAUCCAUUUGCGUAGGAGGAGCACUAACUAUGGUCAGUGCUGGAUACAAUGGAUUUACCGGCAUUUACCAUCAGACAUUUCAAAACUGCACAACCCUGCAAGAUGUUGACUUCACAGCAAACAACAUUAUUGCAGAGCUAGGUUACUGUUUUAGCAAGCAUCCAAGAUGGCUUCAAACCAUGGCUUUCAGUCAAAACCAGCUGUAUGGUAGGCUUCUGACAGCUCGGGGUGAGGAAUUACUUUGUAACUGCACUGAUUUAAACCUCCUAGACCUAUCAAACAAUGCCUUACAUGGAGGUCUUUCCAAGUGUUUAUGCGACUUGCCAAGUUUGCAACUCAUGGAUCUGUCCAGCAACUCUUUCAGUGGUGUAGUUCCGUACUCGAGGAUAAGCAUGGUGGGUAUCGACUUAUCUGGAAACUUUCUUUCACAAGGUAUCCCUAAUGGGCUUACAACCCUUCUUGGACUCAGGUACCUGAACUUAUCUAGAAAUCAUCUGUCAGGUUUCAUUCCUGAAGACAUUGGCAAUCUAGUAUUGCUGGAAUCCUUGGACCUUUCAGGUAACCAACUCUCGGGGAAAAUUCCUGCAAGCUUUGCGGGUCUGAGGAGCAUGACCGUGCUGAACCUCUUGAGCAACACUCUAUCAGGGAGGAUACCUACAGGCAACCAGCUGCAGACGCUUGAUGACCCGUCAAUACACAGCAACAAUUCUGGGCUGUGUGGAUUCCCGUUGAAGGAGUGUGUAAACUCGUCGACACCGACGCAAAAUGAAGCAAGCCAGGAUGAAGAUAGAGAGGCAUUGUGGUUGUAUUGCUUUGUGGCUGCUGGGUUCAUCUUUGGGUUCUGGCUGUACUGGGGCAUCUUCUUAUUUCGCAGCGGGACCUGGAGAUGUGCUUUCUAUCAGUAUGUGGACAACAUGCAAGUAAAGGUAAUCAAGAAGAUGUACAGCUGCAUGUCGCGCUUCCAGGCAAGCAGCUCUGAAGGAUGAAGUGCGGUUAUGUGGUGUUGAAGUAAUGGGGCGCGCAGAUCAUGUCUGUACUCUGUAGGAGUAUUUCCCUUCCUUUGUUUGUUGGUUGUAUUAAAGUAUGUGCAUGGCGUUCUUCAAGUUUUGUGGCUAUGAAACCUACUGAUUUCAGAUGAACUGUACAACUUCUACUUUUUGGUUGUGUGGCAGCUAAGGUUGGUUGGAGUGAAGUUAAUGAGUUCUCUGGAAUCGGUUGUCAUAAUUUUGAAUCUGUAGCUUGUUUUGUAACAGUAAGACAUGCUGUUUUGAACUAA